AUGGCGUUUGUAUUUGACAGACAGGAAAUUUCUUAGACAAAUCCAGAGGGUCCACAAGUACCAUAUGCGCACCAUCACAGUAACUGAAGAACGACCCUAGCUGGCUGGUAGGUUUCCCUGGAAAUACAUAUAUUUCAACCAUAAAACAUAGAACCUAACAUACAAGAACAAACAUUAAAUUCUAUGGGGACCAGAUUUCCGUAUUCUGCUAAUCCCAUCACUUUCCAGCAGAGAGUUGGAGAAGGAGAGGACGCCAACGUUUGCUCUUGUCUUUGACAUGUUUACCCUCACAGAUUUGCUGGUGGCUGGUAUUGAAUGGACCAGCAACAGCCACUUCUCCUCAUCAUUCACAGUAUUUUCUAACCACAUAACAUUUCAACCAUGUAAAAUCCUUAUCUUCUUAUUCUUCUUCUUCUUCUUUCCAACUUUCUGGAAGAAACUCAAACUCCAGCAUCAUAAAUACUUUUCUGGCAGAACCUGGAUUCAUAGAUUUAGUUUCUUUUCUUUAUCUUCAACGAUAUGGCAAAAGAAUACUCAGCAGGAGGCCGUAGGAAUUCCAAUACUCAGCUUUUGGAAGAACUAGAAGCACUCAGUCAAUCCCUUUACCAAUCCCACACAUCCACCACUCGAAGAACGGCUUCGCUCGCUCUUCCUCGUACUUCAGUUCCAUCUAUUGAUGAGGCCACCGAAGCUAAAUUUGAAGAUAAGUCGAGUACCAGGCCUUGGUCCAGGCGUAUGUCCUUGUCAUCUUGGCGUUCCAGACCAAAACCUGAUAAUGAACAUGAUCAAAAGGAUCAAGCCAGGAGAUCAAAUCAGACAAAUCAGUUGGAAGAAAAAUCAGUGUCAACAGAAAAGAAAGGAAUAUGGAAUUGGAAGCCGAUUAGAGCUCUAUCACAUAUCAGGAUGCAAAAGUUGAGCUGUUUGUUGUCUGUUGAAGUUGUAACUGCUCAAGGCCUUCCUGCUUCCAUGAAUGGCCUGCGACUUUCCGUUUGUGUGAGGAAGAAAGAAACCAAAGAUGGAGCUGUUAACACCAUCCCAUCACGGGUAUCACAAGGAGCUGCGGAUUUUGAAGAGACUCUAUUUCUUAGGUGCCAUGUAUAUGGCAGUUAUGGCAAUGGAAAGCAGCUGAAAUUUGAGCCCCGCCCGUUCUGGAUCUAUCUGUUUGCAGUUGAUGCUGAAGAGCUCGACUUUGGGAGAAAUUCUGUGGAUUUGAGUCUGCUUAUUCAGGAGUCCGUGGAGAAGAGCUAUGAAGGAACUCGGGUUCGGCAAUGGGACAUGAGUUUCAAUCUAUCAGGAAAGGCAAAAGGUGGAGAACUCAUUGUGAAAUUGGGAUUUCAGAUCAUAGAAAAGGAUGGGGGAAUUGGAAUUUAUAAUCAAGCGGAGGGAUUGAAGAGUAGCAAAUCUAAGAAUUUCACAUCAUCUUUUGCUCGUGAGCAAUCCAAAACAUCUUUUAGUGUCCCAAGUCCAAGGAUGACUAGCCGAUCAGAAGCUUGGACUCCUUCAAAGACAGGAGUUAGAGCUGAUCUUCAAGGAUUAGAUGAUUUGAAUCUUGAUGAGCCGGCCCUGCCUCCUUCAUCCUCUGUCGCCAUUCAGAAAUCAGAAGAACCAGAAAAGAUUGAAGAUGUCGACCUCCCAGACUUUGAAGUUGUAGACAAAGGAGUUGAAAUUCAAGAGAAAGAAGCAGGGGAAGCAGAAUCUGAAGAAACUGAUGAAGAUAAGUCAGCUUCAAGCGAGGUUGUUAAGGAGAUGAUGCAUGACCAGUUACACCUAAUAAGAUUAACAGAGCUUGAUUCAAUUGCCCAGCAAAUAAAAGCUCUUGAAUCUAUGAUGAGGCAUGAAAAAAUAGUGAAAACAGAUGAAGAAACAGAAUCACAAAGACUAGAUGCUGACGAAGAAACGGUUACAAGGGAAUUUCUCCAGAUGCUGGAGGAUGAAGGAAGUAAUGAGUUUAAACUCAAUCAACCUGAUAUUCCACCUCUACAGCUUGACAAGGCUGAGGAAUCUAGCGAAUCUGAUUCAAAGGUUUAUCUACCAGAUCUAGGAAAGGGGUUAGGCUGUGUGGUUCAAACAAGAGAUGGGGGCUACUUAGCUGCUAUGAAUCCUUCGGAUUCCUUGGUUGCAAGAAAAGACACACUAAAACUAGCAAUGCAGAUGUCAAAACCAAUGGUUCUUCCAUCAGAUAAAUCAUUGAGUGGGUUUGAAAUAUUUCAGAAGAUGGCAGCCGUUGGACUUGAGAAACUCAGCUCACAAAUUCUAUCUUUGAUGCCUCUAGAUGAAGUUAUGGGUAAAACUGCCGAACAGAUAGCUUUUGAAGGAAUUGCCUCUGCAAUUAUCCAAGGAAGAAACAAGGAAGGUGCUAGCUCAAGUGCAGCUCGCACCAUUGCUACUGUGAAAAGCAUGGCAAAUGCAGUGAGCAUAGGCAGGAAAGAAAGGAUUGCAACUGGAAUUUGGAAUGUGAAUGAAAACCCAUUGACAGCAGAGGAAAUACUUGCUUUCUCAUUGCAGAAGAUUGAGGGAAUGGCAGUUGAAGCCUUAAAAAUACAAGCAGAAAUAGCAGAGGAAGAAGCUCCUUUUGAUGUUUCAGCACUCAUCGGAAAGACAGCAAUAGAUAGUGAGAAGGAUCAGGAUCAGGAUCAGCCACUGGCUUCUGCUAUUCCACUUGAGAAUUGGAUUACAAAUUACAGUUUAAUUUCUUCUGAAGCUCAGCUAGAAGACCCAGAAACACUGACGCUUGCAGUGGUUGUGCUGCUACGGGAUCCCUUGAGGCGAUUUGAGGCAGUUGGAGGCCCUAUGUUAGCACUCGUUCAUGCAUCAGCCGCUGACAUUAAAACAAACAAGUAUGAUGAAGAGAAGAGGUUCAAAAUGACAAGUUUGCAUGUUGGAGGCUUGAAGGUGCGAACAGCAGGGAAAAGGAACAUAUGGGAUACUGAGAGGCACAGACUAACUGCUAUGCAAUGGCUGGUAGCAUAUGGAUCGGGGAAGUCGGGAAGAAAAGGAAAACAUGUGAUGUCAAAGGGACAAGAUAUGUUCUGGAGCAUUUCCUCAAGAGUAAUGGCUAACAUGUGGCUCAAAACAAUGAGAAAUCCAGAUGUAAAGUUUGCAAAGUAAAGAGAUUUUCUAAGAAUGAUUAAUUCUAGAGAAAAUUCAUGGUUGCAUCUAUAACCUUCUAGGCUUCUACUCAGGCAGUAAACAAGGAAAGAAAGCACUGGCACUUGGAGCAGAUGGUUCUUUCUUCCCUGCCAAAAUUGCAGCAGUAACUUUUAUUCAGAUUGAAAUUUAAUAAAGCUUUUCCAAAACGAGAUUGAUGCUUGUAUGUAGCUUUGUUUGAAGAUAUUCACAAUAUUAUAUGCACUUUCUUUGCUUUCAUUUUUCUUGAAUUGGUUGGAACUUGUCAAAUGCAAUAAUUCCAUUUAUGUACGAAUAAUUUCAUUUUUCUUA